UAAACAACAGUGAAAAAUUAUCAGGAAAAAAAGUGGUUUUUCUCUGUGGAAAAUGAUGGCGAAGGAAAUGCUCAUAGUCUUUUUGUACGACACGGAACUUUGUACGAAAGAAGAAGAUGAUCCCAUGUCAGCUUUGUUAUUCUUUGCACCAUCAUGGGUGGGUGAGACUCGUCAUAUGCUUGUCGGUCAAAUAAUGGGAGUAGCGAGAUUUUUCCGGGACACUUUUGGAACAGCCAAAAUCAUCACAUUACAAAGUGGAAGAUUCGCCCUGAGAUUCCUCGGCCGAUAUGCUUUAGUUGUAGGAACAGACCGUAAUGUUGACGAAAGUAUUUUGAAAUAUCGAUCGGAUUUGUUGGUGUCAUUGUUGCGUCUGUAUCACAAAGAUGUCGAAAAAAUCAAAGAUAACUUCCCAGGAGAUCAAGUUGAAACCCGGAAAAAGUUCACUGAUAAAUUAUAUCACAUUUUUGACACUUAUUUACCGAUUUUACAGUACAAUGAAAAUAUUUUUAACAACAUUUACUUACUCGAUUUGCCAAAAUCAUCGGCAAAUAUUUACUUGGACACGAUUCAAACUUUACAAAGUUGCCAACAAGAGCCCGGAGUUCUUGGAGGGCAAAUUUUAUAUCACAACAAGGUAAUUGCAUCACAAUUGGGAAACAAUCUCUCAAAAUUACUCGUUUUAUCGGAUCCACUACGUCUCAAAACUGUUGAUGUCAUUCACACCGGAUUCCAUGUUCCAUACGGAGUUCAACUGAUGUCCGUCUUCAUUUCAUCCGAAGAUCUCAGGAUUUUACGGGAAAAUGUUCAAAACUCUCAAAAAUCUUUUAUGAACACAAAUCCCAAUUUAUUGCCAUUUACGUUCUCAAAGAGGAAACCGAGUCUCGUCACACAAAAACGAGAAAAAUCAUUAAUUUUUUCCAACAUUCCCGAGGAAGAAAACGGCGGCGGCGCGUCAAGUGAAAAUAAAAAAUCAAAAAUGCGUCCGUCACAUUUACCUCUGAAAUUCAAAAAUAACACCUCAAAGGAAAUUCCUGAAUCUGGAUUCAGUUCAAUUAAUUUCGACGAAUUUACGGAUAGUUUUCCCGAGUUUAUUGGUCAAACCAGUGUUUGUAAUACUCCGAUGACUGAAAAUAAAAUACUCCACGGAAAUGUUUUAUCGAUUUGCUCAAAAACGUGUGAAGAGCUCGAAAGGUUCGAUUCGAUCAAAAAAGAGGAGCCGGUGAAGAUGAAAAAUUCCAAAAAUGCUAUGGGAACUCCGAGAAAACUCAAGUUAUCCACAAAAGUAACAGAGCCUAUUUGUGUGGACAUCGAUGAACCGCCAAAAGUUGAGACUAAAGAAAAAAUUGAGAAAAAGAAUGACCUUCCAAUUGACAGUUACAAUUAUCUGCAUAAUCCGUACAAAUCGACCGUCCGUCGAAAUUCGUGGGAUUCUUUGGCGAAAAUAGUCAAGCCGAUUGUUCCUAAUAAAAUUCACAGUGAUGAGUGGGACAGUGAAUCCGAGUUUGUGGAUGACAAAGAAAGCAAGCCGUUAAAAUCUAUCACUGACCCGACAUUUGCAGCUUUUAAUUCGAGCGGAGAUCCCAUUUCGAAGCACUUGUAUGAGGAAUUUUUCGAGUUUCAGUACACUUUUAACAAGGAACAUGCAACGAAAAGUUCUCAGAAAAGUUUUAACAAAAUUGAUUUUCUUGAAGAGAAACAAGUUAAAGAUAAAGUUCCGGAAGAAAAGCCACAAAAGGUUGCUGUUGAAGCAGUAAAAGAUCAAAAAUUGCCAAAAUCGAACAAAAAAGGUCUGUCUUUGCCGUUGAAGACGUGGAGUCAAACGUCGGAGUCUACUGAGAAAUCGAAAGGAUUUGAAUCUUCGAAUAAAGGUCUUCCAUUAACACCACUCAUGGCCAAGUUAACAAUUUUAGCGUUAGAUACCGAACGCGAAAUCGAUUUUGAAGGCAACGACUCAAAACCAGCUGACGAAACUGACAUCCAUAACAAAAAACGUCGAUUUUCCUCCUCGAAUUCCGAACAAAUUGACAAAAUCUGCGAAAACUUGGAAAAAGUAGAUUUAUUUGUAUGCGGACAACAAAACAUGACAUUCAUGAUGUUAUUGGAAGAUGGAGCAGCUCAAAAGCAAAAACUCGUCCACACACUCUUCGAAAUUUGUGUAUCGAAGCUAGGCAAGGCCGAACAGCAAUUACAACGAGCACUGAACAUUAAUGUCGAGGGAGCCGAUAAAGGAGGCGAAGGAAAUUACAGUUUCAUCACGAUUGAUAAUCAAAAGUUGGAUACGCUGCAAAAAAGUGGCCCGUGGUCUCCGAGUGAUCUGAGUACCGUCAAAAAAAUGUAUUACGACUUGCAAAUGAAGAAAAAUAUUUCGGAAAUGAUAAUAAGGAAGGAAGAAAAUAUUUUGUACGGCUUUCAGUGCGGAAAUGUGGAAGUUUUUUACCAACAACCGACGGCUGGUUCUGCCGGAAUUCCGCCGCCAAGUGAUAUUUUUGGAAAUGUUACGUCCGUGUCGCGUAGACGUCUUGAAAGAGAUCAUGCCAUUAUUUUACUCUAAAUAUAAAAAAAAUCAUUUUGAAUUAUGAAAAAAAAAAUAAUCAUUCCAAAGAAGAACAUUCUAUAAUUUUAAGCUUUUUAUGUGCAAUUUAUAUGAAUAUUUAUAAAGAAUAUCGAAUAA